UCUAAAGACAAGUAAGGUAACCAAAUAUCAUAGGCGUGCUCUCAGCGACCUUCCAAUGAGAGUCAUGUUCGGAGGCGAGGUAUUAUUCGCUCUAACAUCAUUACCCCAUUUAAUCUUUGUGAAAAGCUAGGUUAUUUGGGUAAUGGCACAAUUAAAUAAGUUCACAUAUUUGUUCUCAUGUCGUCAAACAAUUAAUUUUGUGAAUAAGUGCUCAACCUUACAAUAUAAAUCUAUGUAGCUGGCACUGCUCAAGGUCUAGCCGUGAAUUUAUUGUGUGCUGCAAUUGCUCGAUGAUGUGGUUUGCGUUUUACUAUAGGGUACGGGAUUUGGUUGGUUCGGAACUAGUUACCCACUUAAUAGCAAUUGUUAGUGUUAUACUAUAUUAGAUGCACCAAGGAACCCUCUUUUAAGUAAUUUUAAUGUUCGUAAGUGUCAUUAUGGUGUGAAUAUAUUUUGUUGGCAGUUUGAGUUAACGAGGGCAAAUGAAUAGUAUGUGCUAUUGGACCAGAACGACUGAAAAUAGGUCAGUGAUUCUAAAGAGGAAUAUAAGAAUACCAGAUUCCCAUAGAGAAAUAUAAAUGGUAGGGAGAACUACAUAUUAGUUCGUGUAAAAAAGGAUUAUGAGGUUUCUCCCAAAAAGGAAUGAUGGGAAUAAUUAGUUGAAGAUAUGUGCAAGACCUACAUAAAAUGUACUCCACAUUUACGUGGUAAUUCUAAAAUUGCGGGCUAAAACUAGCCAUCUUAAUCCAAAUUAAUUUCCUCAAGAAAUAAUUUAUUUGUAGUACUACAAAAAAUUGAAUUCAUAUUGCAUAGUUAUGAAAAAGGUAACAUAAGUAGUCUUCAAAACACCAAAUCAUGUCUACAAGAAGUCUAGAAAAUGGCUCUAUAGUCCUACGCAAAACCUUUCAAUAUUGUAAUUUCAAACUAAGGUUGUAUCUAUGUAAUGCAGCAAUAUCACUGGAAUUUGAGAGGAAACAGUUCAAUCUUCGCUUGUCAUAAUGUGUAUGGAGGAGACGAUGUUUGCAACGUAUUGGUGUUAACCUUUCUAUACCAAGGUACUACCUAGGAUAAAUUCUUCUAGAAAAGCAAAAUCCUUUGGGAGUUCUGCAAUUACAACAUGUGCUGCCAGCACUAUACUAACCCCUUUGGCCGCCUCCCCAUGCACACACGCAAAGAGAUUAAAAAGGUUUUGCAAAUACAACAUGCACUCCCAACACUAUAUAAACCCUGCCCUCCUCCUCCUGCUCCUCCUGCACAUACGGUAUUUGAAUCCUCUCAAAGACAAACGAUCAGGCACCACCUUUGCCACCUGACCGUGCUUGCAAUGGAAAUUCCAGGGGCAUCAUCUCGGUGCUCCAUGGCCAUGUCGUCAACCUCACUGCUAAAGCGAUCCUGUGGCAUAGCACAGUCGCGAAAAGGGUGCCGCUACGACCCAGAGAGAGCCGGCGUCGGGAUUGUCUCGGCUAUUAUGGAACCAACCAAUGCACGCCUACACAUCGUCGGGCCUCUCAUCCACACCAACGCACGUGAGAUCCUACAGGUUACACUACCAAACCUUAUUUGGAGCAAUAGGAGGCCAUUCCGAGCAGCCAUACUGUCAUGCGGUCUAUGCCGCAACUGGAUCGGUAGUGGCACCGUCUACAUGUACAAAGGUGAGAUGGGAUUCUGUAAACCGGAGUGUGUCAACGACUAUAUUGUGGAGCAAUUGGAAAAACAGACACGGAGGCUGAGGUGGUGUCAAAGAGAAAAGGUCCCACCAAUGGAGGACGAUAAGGAAGGCAAUCAGAGCUCCAUGUUUUUCACCUGUGCUGGCAAACUAUGAUGCACCUACAUAUAUGUUUGAGAGAUGUAUGGGCUUAGAAGGACUGGAACUUAUUUUUCACAACUGUAUAACUUGGUGCUUUUGUCAGCACACCUGAUGGUUAGUGAAUAGCAAUACACUUUUGACA